AUGAGAGAGAGGAGCGAGAGGGAGACGCAGAGCAAGAGAGAGCGAGGGCGAGAGAGAGAGAGACGAGAGAGAAAUAGAGAGAGAGAUAGAGAAGAAUAG